GGGUGAUUGUUCUAUUUCUAUAGGAUCUCUUCGAUCGUUUAUUAUACAGUUGUUGUAAUUCAAGAGACUUCUACAUCUUACAGUUAUCUAAAGAUAGGUUAAACAAUGGAUUCGUUGAAUGUUGAUAUUAAUUUACCCCAUCACAAUAAAAUAGGAGGAUGCACAACAAGAGCUGCAUAUAGGCAAGGGAGGAAGUAUACUGCUGUGAAGGUAGACGAUUCUUGAUGUUUAUACUAUCAGCGAUGAAUCUCAACAUCUUCUAAUUUACAAUGUUCCUGCGAUCGGGUUAGGUGAAGAAAUUCGUAACCUUUGCCAACGAUUUGGCGAAGUCUUGAUGAGCCAGCAAGUAAACAAUAUUGAAAGUAUCGAAGAAUUCACGAAUGUUUAUCAUGUUCAUUAUGCAACUUUAAAAAGUUCAAGGUUUGCUAAAAGGAAUCUUGACAGUAGAGCCUUCUUCGGUGGUGUUCUACAUGUUUGCUACGCUCCAGAAUUAGAGACUGUAGAAGAAACAAAAAACAAGCUAGUCACCAGAAGGAAGGAAGUUUCAUAUCACUUGAAGCAGCAAGAAUUUCCUAAACAAUUCCGAAAUGAAGGAAAAUAUCGAGGUAAAAAGCGAAAAUUUGAAGAAACUUUGACUAGCAAACCAGAAGUGCUUUUUUAUAAUUAUGGCCAGAAUUCAAACCAUAGUAAUCAACUCCCACCUCCUGAUGUUCAACUACCAGGACCUUCUGGAGUUAAGGUAGAAGAAAAAAUAACUGUCGAUGUAAAACCUUUUAAGAAACUGAUUCCCGCAAAAGUAUCUAGGAUCAUUUUUCAUAAUAAAAACAAAAAUGAAAUUAAGGUUAAUAGUUUAAUAUAAAGUUACCCUUAAUUUUAGUAUUUUAAAACUGUGAUAUAAUACUCUUGUUAGUUUGUUUUUAUUGUAUAGUUACAAUGUUUUUAAA